AUUUCCAGUUUGCAUCCACCAAAUACCCUCGAAUCACAUUUGAUGUUUGCUAUUGUUUUGAUUUCCCUCGGACGUUUCGAGAAGUUUUAGGUUUCGCCAGGAGUUGGACGUUUCUUUAGGUGUAUGAUAUUCCGAGGAGGUCCUCUGUUGGGGUUCUUUAUAAUAAGAAGAAUGGGAGCGCACCUGAGUAGUCCUAGGACUGACAAAACCUCGGCAUUUGGAGGUGAUUUGGCCAAGGAUUCGACCCAAUUUGGAUGUACUUCGAUGCAAGGAUGGAGAGUCUCCAUGGAAGAUGCCCAUUUGGCGAUUCCCGAUUUCAUCAAGCAUAAAAAUGGAAGCAUAGGAUUGUAUGGUGUGUUUGACGGCCACGGAGGUCACUAUGUGAGUACCUGGUGUUCAAAGCACUUUCAUGACUUGUUUCGUGAUGAGCUUCAGGCCCAUCCAGAUAUGCCAAUUGAUAUAAAUGUCGAGCCGCGCAUGCCAGUUGAAAAAUGCGUUGCGGAAUCGCUCCAAUCUGCGUUUUUACGUGUAGAUGAAGAGCUUUUAAAGCCUGAAAUCGAGGCUGAGUUAAAGAGCUACUAUAAACCAGUAGACAAGGCUGAGGUCCCUGGAACCUGUAUGGACUCCAGUGACAUUUUAAAGGUUCUUUUGCCAAACAAACGUUCCACCAGGGAAGCGCUUAAAAUUUUGGAAGCCAUCAAGAAUCCCGAAGGUUUGGACCAGCAGUGUAGAAGCAUACCGAUUGAAUCUGAGGAUGUGACUAUGGAUGCAGUAGGCGGAGAGGAGGAACGUGCACACUAUGCUAGCAUGAUUCAAGAGGUGUGCGUAGAUUCUGGAAAUUAUGGCCGAGAGGGUGUCUCUGAAUUCUCCUUUGAAUACGCAAAGGGAGACAUGUCCGCUUAUAGCGAUGAACUGGAUGACAUUUCUCCUGAAGACUCUAUUGAUGCCAUUAUGGAGGAACCAUAUGGAGAAGCUAUUGCGCAUGGUUGCGGAGCUGCCUCCGUUGUUUUAGCUGUUACUCCCGGUCCAAAUCCAUGUCUUGUCGCUGCAAAUGCCGGUGACUCUCGUGUAAUUUUAUGCAGAGCCGGAAAGGCUAUACCUCUAUCGCAUGACCAUAAACCUGGGCUCCCAGAAGAAUCUGAACGUAUAAGGAGAGCUGGUGGGUCUGUUACCAAUGGGAGAGUUGAUGGGAAUCUCAAUCUCUCCCGUGCAAUUGGAGAUUUAUCCUUCAAGCAAGAUCACACUCUCAAGCCAGAGGAGCAACGAAUUUCUGCUUUCCCAGAUGUAAGGAUAUGUCCAAUUAGCAAGGAAGAUGACUUUGUCAUUCUAGCAUGCGAUGGGAUUUGGGAUUGUAAGACAAAUCAAGAGGUUGUAGAUUUUGUGAGAGAACGUAUUAACUCUGCAAAGGAGAAAAAUGCCUAUGAUGGUUCUACACUUUCAAAAAUCUGCGAAGAAUUAUGCGACGCUUGUGUCUCAAAAAAUCCAAGCGAAUCUGAAGGUAUUGGAUGCGACAAUAUGACUGUUAUUAUUGUUAAACUUGGGGACUCCAUUCUUGAUAAUAAAAAUGUGGAUCAUACUGUGACAAUGUAUAGACGACCAUUGGGUAGUCUUUAAUAUUCGGAGCACCAAGGAAAAUGGAAGCUCUAGACAAAUUCGGAUUACACACACAAAGUGUACACACUAUACACUAGGAUAGUUUAGACACAUGUAAGCCCUCGUGUCAUUUGGGCAUGUCUUUAGACAGCAUGUGUGCAAUGGUGUAAAUGUGCAUAAUGGCACAUUGGCGUCGCAAUUGCAGACGCUGUAUUUCAAUUGUUAAUGUACGU